UGUUGAUGGAUCACGUAUAUAUACGGAUGCUGGGCUGCGCCUCCACGUAUUCCACUUCUAUCCUUGCCAUCGCCAUGAGGACCUUGGUGGUGCUAGUCGUAUGCCUGUGUGGUUUGGUGUCCAGUCAGAGGAGGAUAGCAAAGCCCAUCCCUCUAGGGUUCAACCCCAAACCCUACUCCCCCCAGUACUCCCCCAAGCCUACUGCUUCUUCUCCAGUCCAGUAUGACAACAACCCAGUCCCUGGACAACAGUAUGAUCCAGCCUACAACGCCGUGCCUUACUCUUCCCCCGCUCCCUUCAGCGUAUCUUCCGGAGCUCCCUUUAAGAGCUAUCAGCAGGAGAGUGGUCGCAACGACUUAACCACUCCCAUCCCUAUCAUCCGCUUUGACAAGGAGCAAAGCAUAGAUGGAAGCUACAAGGCUAGCUACGAGACCGGCAACAACAUAGUCGCUGAAGAGACCGGGUUCCUGAAGAACGUGGGUGUAAAGGACCAAGAGGCGCUGGUGCAGCACGGCAGUUACUCCUACACGUCCCCGGACGGCCAGCUGAUCACAGUACACUACACAGCGGACGAGGGUGGAUUCCGAGCCGAGGGGGCGCACCUGCCCACACCUCCUCCGGUACCUGAAGAGAUACAGAAGAGCCUGGACCUCAUCUACGAGGGCAUCAGGCUCCAGCGGGAAGCAGCUAAGAAUGACCCUAAGCUGUACAAAGAGUUCCAAGAACAGGAACAAGGAUUUGCAGACAACUAUCCUCAGAACUUCAGGAGAUAGUCUCCUACACUCGCUAUCCAUGUUGACUGUUAUUUUGUGUAAAUAUUAUAAAUAAUAAAUGUACAAAGUUUUUGCCAA